CCUGAACACCCCUACCCUCCUCCAAUCCCAUUCACCAUGUCUAACGAGCGCGCCGCAUUCGCGAAGGAGGUCGCCGAGGUCGAGCAGUGGUGGAAGAGCCCCCGCUUCGAGCGCGUCAAGCGCCCCUACACCGCCGCGGAUGUCGUCUCGAAGCGCGGCACGCUGCCGAUCCAGUACCCCUCGAAUGUGCAGGGCAAGAAGCUUUGGAGCAUCCUCGGCGAGCAUGCAAAGCGCGGGACACCAUCGCAUACCUAUGGCGCGCUCGAUCCUGUCCAGGUCACGCAGAUGGCCAAGUACCUCGAGACGGUCUACGUCUCUGGCUGGCAAUCAUCAAGCACGGCGUCCAGCACCAAUGAGCCGGGCCCCGAUCUUGCUGACUACCCUUACAACACCGUGCCCAACAAGGUUGAGCACCUCUUCCAGGCGCAGCUCUUCCACGAUCGCAAGCAGCGGGAAGCGCGCAGCCACCUAAGCGACUCUGAGCUCACCAGCACCCCUUCCAUCGACUACCUCCGCCCCAUCGUCGCCGAUGCGGACACCGGCCACGGAGGCCUCACCGCCGUCAUGAAGCUGACAAAACUUUUCGUUGAGAAGGGCGCAGCGGGCAUCCACAUUGAGGACCAAGCCCCCGGGACCAAGAAGUGCGGACACAUGGCUGGCAAGGUCCUCGUCCCCAUCUCCGAGCACAUCAACCGCCUCGUCGCGAUUCGCUUGCAGUACGACAUCCUCGGCGUCGAGAACCUCGCGAUCGCGCGUACGGACUCGGAGGCUGCCACUCUCAUCACGUCCAACAUCGACGCCCGCGACCACGCCUUCAUCCUCGGCAGCACCAACCCCUCGAUCGGCGCGCUCAACGACGUCAUGCUCGCCGCCGAGCGCGAGGGCAAGAACGGCGAGGAGCUGCAGGCGACGGAGGACAACUGGCUCGCGCAGGCGAACCUCCAGCUGUUCUCCAAGACGCUCGCGGAUGCCUUGACCGCCGAGGGCGCGUCCGCCGCGAACGUCGACAAGUUCCUCGCGCGCGUCGCGCACGCGUCCUACCCCGAGGCCGUCGCGGUCGCGCAGAAGGAGUUCGGCUUGAAGACCGUGCCGUUCUGGGAUUGGGACGCGCCGCGGACGCGCGAGGGCUUCUACCGCUACCAGGGCGGCACGCAGUGCGCGAUCAACCGCGCCGUCGCGUACGCGCCGUACGCGGACCUGCUGUGGAUGGAGACGAAGAAGCCGAUCCUGGCGCAGGCGAAGGAGUUCGCCGCGGGCGUGCACGCGGUGCACCCGGGUCACUGGCUCGCGUACAACCUCAGCCCGUCGUUCAACUGGGACGCGGCGGGGCUCGGCGAGGACGACAUGCAGUCGUACGUGUGGGAGCUGGGCAAGCUGGGCUUUGUGUGGCAGUUCAUCACGCUCGGUGGCCUGCAUUCGAAUGCGUACAUCUCGGACCUCUUCGCGCGCGAGUACGCGAAGACGGGGAUGAAGGCGUACGUCGAGCUUGUGCAGCGGAAGGAGCGCGAGAUUGGCACCGAUGUCCUCACGCACCAGAAGUGGUCCGGCGCCGACUACGCCGACAACCUGCUCAAGACCGUCACCGGCGGCAUCUCGUCGACCGCGGCUAUGGGCAAGGGCGUCACGGAAUCGCAGUUCGGCGCGAAGUUGUAGACGCUAGUGAAGGUGUGGAGGUCUGAAGUUGUUUAUUAGCAUGGGCUUGCACUAGCACCUGUAUUUGUACACAUCUACUAAGCUUGUAUAUCACGCACGACAAUUCGCAUACAUUGAACCAACCGUUAGGUGAUGGAGGAGUAAUGAUCCUGAUGUCAA